CGUUGACAGCCUUCCGCCGCCGUCAAGGGCACAGGAAACUGAUGUUAGCGGUGGAUUCACGCUGCAGCUUCUGUACACACGUGUUUAUUAAAAGAACAGGUUAAAAGCAAUGGACGGGUUCGGGUCAGACUUCGCCGCCGGAGGCUCGGGAGGUAAAGUGGACCCCGGCGCCAUCAUGGAGCAGGUCAAGGUCCAGAUCGCUGUGGCUAACGCUCAGGAGCUGCUGCAGAGAAUGACAGACAAAUGCUUCAAGAAGUGUAUAGGGAAACCUGGGAGCUCACUGGACAACUCUGAGCAGAAAUGUAUUGCCAUGUGUAUGGACCGGUAUAUGGAUGCCUGGAACACGGUGUCCCGAACAUACAACUCCAGAUUACAGAAGGAAAGAGCUCGCAUGUGAACAUCCCUCUCUUCACCCUUCCCUUCCUCAGACUGCUGCUUUACAGUGUGGAGGAGCUCAGUGCACAUGUGUGUGUCAUGGCAGCAGCACAUCUACACUAUCGGUCAUCAUACUUCACAGACAGGCAGGGACAGCCUGCGGACUCUAGCCAUAACAACAUCUCUCUGGACGUUUUCAUUUUGCCUUGAGGAACAGUUCAAGAUCCACGUUUGUUUCAUUAUGUUUUUAUGUUAUAACUAAUAAAUCUUCUGAUUCAAAAGUAAACGUGCACUGGUCAAACUGCAGUGUGGAUGAUUGAAUCCGAAUCUCUGACUUUCUAGGAGCAUGAGUGUGAAUGUGUUUGUCUUUACAUCUCAGCUCGUGUCCUUUGCAGGUUGUACCCAACCUCUCGCACAGUGCAUGCUGGGAUAUGCUCUGGCCACCAAUGCUCGUGAAUGGGAUAAGCAAUUUAAAAAGUAUCUAGUUGAAAUGUGGCAGUUAAAUUACUUAACUGCCUUUGUUGUUUGGCAUAUUUAUAACAGUACAACACUGGUUUCUUCAAUAAAAACACUUCACACAUUCAGGCUGAGGUUGAAUUUUUUUUGUUUUCAACAGCCUGUAUCAUUAGGACACAUGAUGAUAAUUGUAAACAGGACUCAGUCACAACAACAGUUUCUCCUUGAAACACUUUCAGCAGUUUGUCAUUGUCAUUGUGGUUCUGACAGAGAGAGAAUAAGAGGAACAUGGUCUUUCCAUAAAAUGCUCUUACUCUGAAAAACCAACUUAAAAUCAGCAGGAAGAAUUGAGCUACUUGAUGUUCUCACAAGCAAGAACUUGACAUUCACAAGCCUCACACUGUCAGAUAUCAGUGCUCGAGUACGCCUGGAGAACAAAACUGUUUUGUCUGACCUGUUUUUUAGUUGUCACUCUAUAUGCUGCCCUCCACAGUAGUGGGCUUGUUUGAGCAGGGUCUGCCUUGCUGUAGGUGGGGUACUGAACCUUUCCCAUUGGGUGCACAGUUCAUGAAAUGUCUGAGAACCAAAAAUCCUUUUUUUCUUCUCUACCCUGCAAGGGUUUGUCUGGGAAAGUAAGAACCGGAAAACCAUCUGAAGUGUGACUGAAGCAAAUUCAAUGAUUUCCAUAAGAAUAAAGCUUCUUAAACGGG